AUGCCCAUCUUUGAGGGCGAGGGCACACAUGGCUGGAUCUACAAGGUGGAGCGAUACUAUGCGGUCAAUGGGUUGACCGAGGAGGAGAAAUUGACCGCGGCAGGACUGUGUUUGGAAGGGAAAGCAUUAGCUUGGUACCAGUGGCGGGACAUGAGGCGGCCCAUUCGAAGCUGGAGGGAGUUCAAGGGCUGUCUGCUAGAGCGUUUCCAAACCAGUAGGGGAGGAGACUUCUACGAGCAGUUCUUUGCCCUGACACAGGAGGGGACGGUCGCCGAGUACCGCGACAGGUUUGAGUACCUCGCGAGCAGGCUGGAUCGUCUCUCUGAGACCGUGUUGGAGGGGAACUUCAUGAAGGGUCUUAAACCGGAGAUCAGGGCAGCUGUCAGGGUGAUGAGACCUCACGAUUUGGGGGAAGCCAUGGAGUUGGCGCAGCUGGUGGAGGAUCAGAGGUAUCUGGAGAAAGGGGCUCGUAGCAGUAGCUCUGGGGGAACCUACAAGAUGACGACUACCUUCCUAGCUCCAAAAGGAGCUGCACCACUAGAGGACAGGAGGCGGCAAUAG